AAGUUCUAUGAAUUGAACCGUGAAUUUAAAAUGGCGACACGAAAGAGUUGUAUGAUGUUGCUUUUUGUUUUGUUAGGUCCUGGUUGAGUUAAUCAACUUUUGGUAUCAAAUAUAAACCGUACGAAGAGAAAUGGCAUGAGUUCCAUGCCUAGAUUGUGAGAAAAAUAAUGCAGAUUUGUAACAGAAAGACAUUAUAUUACAUGUUGUUUGUCUUCAGCAAGUAUUUGGUACGAGUUGCUGUUUUCAAUUCCAGAUGAGGUGCUUGGAAAUGUUGAUAGGUGGCUUGUGUUACAGGUGGUUCCUGUUUGCGGAAUUUUGUAACAUCAUUCCUGGUGGUUCCAGUUUGUGGACUUUUAUUACAUCAUUUAUGGUUCCUGUUUGCGGAUGUUUGUUACAUCAUACCAAGAGAUUUGUGUUUGAGAAUCGUGUUGGAUUUAAAAAAUGGCCGUGGAUAUUUUGCACACUGCUUGUGUUGCUGGUGUUGAGAAGAUGGUCAACCGGAGAAAAGAUUUACCUUAUUCAGUUUACAUACCCAUUAAACAAUUUAAUUGAUGUUGUUGACGAAAUCGAGACAACUGGUCGGACAGCAGAAAAUCCAUUGAACAAUGUUACUAAGCAUUAUGUCAUAAAGAAAGACCCGUCCACAAAGUUUUGUAGAAGUGAAGCGUGUGAUAGUUUUGAUAUGGUUUUUAUUGUCAAGUCAUUCGUGGGCAAUUUUGGCCAGAGGGUUGCCAUUCGGAACACUUGGGGAUCCCAGAAAAAUUUACGUGUCAAAACGUUGUUCGUUUUAGGAUAUCUAGAAAGUUUUCAACCGUUCGUUGAUUUUGAAUAUGAACAAUAUGGCGAUAUUCUCCAGCUUGGAUUCAAGGACACAUACGAUAGUUUAGUAUAUAAAACGAUUAUUCCAAUCGAUUGGUUAGUAAAACGUAAAAUAAAUACCAAAUAUGUGCAUUUUCUAGAUGAUGAUCGUCUAGUUAAUACCAGGCGUUUGCUUCAGUUUGCCAAUGAUAAUAUUGGAACUACAGAAAAAACGAUAAUUGGCUACAAAGUUAUGAUUUCACGACCGUAUAGGGAAAAAUCAUCUAAAUGGUUUACGAGCUUAGAAGAAUAUCCUUUCGAUUAUUGGCCGCAAUAUAUAAUUGGAGGAACACUACUGACGAAUAUGAAAGUAGUCAAAAGUCUUGCAUAUUCCAUUCCUUUCACCAGAAUUAUCCGAAUGGAAGAUGUUUUCAUAGGAAUCCUUUCUAAGCUACUUAAGAUAAACGUUGUACACAAUUGUGGCUUUAUGCCAUAUUAUACUCCGGGUUCUGAAUUGAAAGAUAAAUUAUCAAGUCCAGACUAUAAAUCUUAUCAUUCAAUAAUCGACGGAUGGAAACAACUACAAAACUAAAGUGCGGGAAAAAAGACGCAGACGGUCGUCCCAGUAGUGUAUCAAAUGGUUCUUGUCAUCAAUUCGCCGUUUCAUAUACAAAGGACUAUGGGUAAUUUCAUUGUUCGAACUCCAAAAUGAAAAUGACGUUACCUCAUUGGUUUAAUUUCCAUACGUUACUAGCCAAUCAUAAUUUUUUUAUGAACUCUUUUGAAAAUAUUACCCAGAAUUCAAUAGAUUCUUAAACGGCUAAUUGGUAGUUUCGUAUUGAAAAUAGUCCAUGUUUGUCCAUGUUUUUAAGUUUUGUAUCAAAAACUUCCGAAAAGGCUGUUAUUUGCUAUUAGUAAGACAAUCAGCAAAAAGUAUAUAUAAGCACUUUGAAUAAUCGAAUGUUUGUAAUACUUAGCGAAACAAAACUAAUUAUAUAAAGAGUUGUCGGAAGCCAUGAUAUUUUUAUUUGAAAUCAAAUUACUCCAAAGUUGAGUUAUGACAUAUUGUUUGGCCCAGUUCCUAUUUGAAUGAUAAUGCAUCAUCAUGCCAAUAAGGACAAAAAUAUUAAUGUCCGGCCUCCUGAUAGAAAACAAAAGGGUAGUUUAGGUAAAAUGAUUUUUUAAUAAUUUACAUAGACUAUAGGAAAAUGCUUGCCAUUGAUAAUAUUGGAACUACCGAAAAAAAACUAUCAUUAGCUACACAUUUAUAAUUGCACGACCGUAUGGAGAAACAUCUUCUAAAUGGUUUAUAAGCUUAGAAGAGUAUCCUUAUGUCAUAUUAUACUUCCGGUUCUGAUUUGAAAGAUAAAUUAUCUAGUCCAGACUAUAAAUCUUAUAAUUCAAUAAUCGACGGCUGGAAACAGCUACAAAACUAAAGUGUGGCGGGGGGACGCAGACGAUAAUCUCAGUAGUGUAUCAAAUAGUUCUUGUCAUCAAUUCGCCGUUUCAUAAUACAAAGGAUUAUGGGUAAUUUCAUUUUUCGAACUCCAAAUUGAAAAUGACGUACCGUCAUUGGUUAAAUUCCAUUGUUUAGGACGUAAUCCAAUCACAACUUUUUGAUAUACACUUAAGAAAAUAUUACCCAUAAUUAAUCAGAUUCUGAAACGGCCAAUUGGUUAAUAUACGAUUUAUAAAUGCUAAUUGCAUGUACAUCAAGUUUCAUAUUGAAAAUAGUCCAUGUUUGUUAGGUUUUUAUCAAAUAUUUCAGAAGAGGCCGUUAUUGGAUAUAAAUUAGACAAUCAGCAAACAGUAAAUAUAAACACUUUGAAUAAUCGAAUGUUUGUAAUACAUCGCGAAACAAAUAUUUUGAUAUACGCUUUUAAAUAUAUUACUUAUAACUCACAAGAUUGUGAAGCGGAUAAUUGGUUAAUACGUAGAGUUUUAAAUACUAAUUGCAUGUAGGUCAAGUUUCAUAUUGAAAAUAGUCCAUGUUUGUAAGGUUUGUAUCGAAAUCUUCCGAAAAGGCUGUUACUUGCUAUAAGUAAAACAAUCACCAAAAGUAUAUAUAAGCACUUUGAAUAAUCGAAUGUUUGUAAUACUGAGCGAUACAAAACUAACUAUCAAAAGAGAAGUCGGAAGCCAUGAUGUGUUAUCUGAAAUCAAAAUUCUAAAAAAUUGGGUUAUGAAAUAUUGUUUGGCCCAGUUCCAAUUUGGAUGGUAUUGCAUCAACAAGAAAACACAUAUAUACUAGUGUCCGGCUUCCUUACAGAAAAGGGUUGUUUAUGUAAAUGAUUAUUUUCAAUAAUUUACAUAGACUACAUAUAUUUAGGAAAAUGUUCUAGACUUUAAAGGUACAUAACCAAAUUUGUCUGGACAUAACGAUGCUAAACCAAAAAUUCCAUAAAAUGUCUUAUGUAGAGUGGUCAUGAAAACUUACGAUUAGUAGGGAGAUAGGAACCAUAACUAUAUUUGUGUUAGCCUUAUUGAAGAUAAUUUCUCUAAAUGAUGACUUGGAACAAAUAUAAAGGAGUAUACUGCAUGUUUAUUAAAAAUAAAACAAUGUAACUAUGUUCAUGUAUGUUAUUUUAUACUUAUAUUUUUUGUAUCUUUUUUAUUUUUGUUUUAUUUAUCUAAGUUUUAUUUUUCGAAUUGAUUUGUGUUUAAGACAGUCAAGAAAAGUGAAAUCCAAAUAUGUUUAAGGUAUUAGAUACAUCAUUAUCUGACAUUUGACAUGUUUUGUUUUUAUGUCAUAUGCUAUUGAAGAAAAAUAAAAACGUUUUACAAUUUUA